GAUCAGCUGACGAACGCUCGCCGGUUGUUGACAAUAAUUAAAGCAUGAAUAAUCGUUCGCGCAAUUUUACGCCCGAAAAUAAAAAAAGAAUUGGUGAACAAUGGGAGUAACAGGUUUGUGGAGGUUGAUCGAUGCUUCGGGGAAGCCCGUGCCCCUGGAGUCACUCGAGGGGAAGGUUCUAGCCAUCGACGUUUCCAUCUGGAUCCAUCAGGUUCUCCAAGGAUACCAAGAUAAAAGGGGAAAUUCCCUCCCGAAUGCUCAUCUUCUGGGUCUCUACAACCGAAUCUGCAAACUACUGUACUUCAAAAUAAAACCAGUAUUCGUAUUCGAUGGCGGAGUUCCAUUGCUCAAGAAAAAUACUAUUGCAGCUAGAAAAAAGCAGAAGGCCCUCGCCUCCUGCAAAGCCGAGAGGAUGAAGAGCGACCUUCUGCUGAACCUCAUGAAGCACAGCCUCGUGAAGAACGUCCUCACCAAGAAAGCCCCUGGAGAACUGGAGGGGUCGACCUCGAAGCCCCUGAAAACCGUCAACGACAUGUUCAAGCUCCCGAUGAUGCCUCCCCAGGCCCUCGAGUCCAGUUCGGACGACACAGACUCGGACUCAGACGACGUGAGCCCCCGAAAGCAAUCGAAAUGGCGUGGGAACAUCCACACAGUCGACAUAACAUCAGACGACUUCAAAAACCUUCCCCCGGACGUUCGCUACGACAUCCUGACGGACCUGAAGGAGACGAGGAAGCAGAACUCGUGGGCUCGCUUGCACGAGAUCCCAGAGGAGUCCAAUCAGUUCUCGAAUUACCAGAUGACGAGGCUCCUGAAGAGGAGGCAGGCGCAGGAGUUAUUGGAGGCCACUGAGCAGGAGAUGGGGGGGAAGAACCUGACCCUCGAGGAGCUGGAGACACUCAUGUCCGAGCAGGGGGUGGACACCACGUCCAGGGACCUGGCGUACAGGAUAGCCUCCGACGCCGUCACCAGGGUGAUCUACAUCAACGAUCCCAAGCGUCUGACCACCAGGAGAGACGACCCUGGAACUUCCUCUGAUCUCAGCCAGCCCAGUUGCUCCAGAGAGCUGGACCAGGAUGAGGGACUGACUGUCAUUCCUGAAGAACCCUCUUCGGUGGUCGACGACAUGGGAGAGUAUGACCUCGACUGGGACUCCGAUGUCGAGGUGAUCAGCUCCCCAGUGCCGAAGAGGUUCUUCGGGAAAGUUGAGAAGAAUCCAGCCCUCAAUUACAUGGAGAACAACGAGCUGUCCCAGGAGCAGCUCCUAGCCCUGAUCGAGGAGAGCAAGUUGAGUGUGAAGAGGGCGAAGGCCGAGGAGAGGACGAAGAGAAAAUUUCCUGGGGAGGGAGGGCUUUGGAGGAAGAGGAGGAGGAGCUUUGAUAUAGAGGACAUCAUCGGGGUUAAGGAGGAAGUGGAGGAGGUCACCGAUGGGGGGGAUUAUGGUGGUGAUUUUUCCGAGGAGAAGGCACUGAUUGGGGUGGGAGGGCUGAGGGGGUUGAGUGAAGACUCGGAGUCUGAUGAUUCCGGUGAUUUCGUUGAGGUUCAGGACGUGGAGACUCCGGAGUUCAAGCCUGAGAAGAAGAUGGAGAUUGUUAUUAAGGUGGGGGAGGGGGUGGGAGAUGAUCUGUUUGCUGAUGUGUUUGAGGGGAGGGAGGUUCCCUCGGGACUGGGGAAUGGUAGCAGUGGAAAUGAGGAGAAGAUUGAAAAGAUUCAGGGACCGCAGGAUUUAUCGAGAAUUUCUAAUCGGAAAUCGAAUAUUGAAAACGAGGAAGUCAAAGUCUGUGAUGAAAAGGAAGAAAUUGAGGUGGUGAAUUCCGAAGGAGAGAGGACAGGGAAAAUCGGUGGUGAUGACCUGAAAAAAUUAACCACCUUCAAUGUUCCUAAAAAAAUUGUUGGAGAGGAUAAAAAAAAUGCAGAAGAACGAGGAGAAAUUGCUUCUCAACAGACUGCUGACGAUGAAACGUCUGAGGAGAGUCCUGAAGACUUUGAGAGGCAAAUCAGACCCUCAGAUUCAUCAGGCAGUCAAGAAAAUCUUCAGGAAACCGAUGUUACCACCACCUCAACCACGAAAAAUGACCAGAAUUUUGCUGAGCCAUCUGGACCUCCUCCAAAAGUAAUAGAGCUUCCUGAAGAUCAUCCGAGAAGGCCUUCUGACAGGAUAACAUCCGUGCUAACUCGUCUGGCCUCUGAGAAACCCGAACUCCUCUCGAAGGUCUCCAACGACCGAGAACUCGAGGACCUCAGGUCGCACCUGGAGACCGAGACUGAGGAGUUGAAGCAGAGCAUUGGAAAACUGGAUCGACAAUCCGUGGAAGUGACCGAGCAAAUGCGAUUAGACGCUCAGGAUCUCCUCCGCCUCUUCGGGAUCCCCUACGUUGUGGCCCCGCAGGAAGCCGAGGCCCAGUGCGCCUACCUCGAGAGCAUCAACUUGACUGACGGCAGCAUCACUGACGACUCGGAUAUCUGGCUCUUCGGGGCGAAAUGCGUCUACAGGAACUUCUUCAACAACGCCAAGAAGGUGAUGCAGUACUCGUCGAAGGACAUCGAACAUCAUUUCAAGUUGACGAGAGAGCAGAUGAUCCAGCUGGCGCUGCUGGUGGGGAGCGAUUACACCGUCGGAAUUCCGGGGAUCGGUCCAGUGACUGCCAUGGAGAUUCUCGCCAGUUUCCCGGCUGAAGGGGAUGACCUGCUGAGGGGGCUGACGACCUUUUCGUACUGGAUGAGAGGUGGGAGAAUCGUGGGACCUGGGAGGGGCGUCCUAAGGAACAAAUUGAAGAACAUAAAUGUGGACAGGGGAUUCCCAAGUCAGGCGGUGGUCCAGGCGUAUCUGUUCCCAACCGUUGACGAGAGUAAAGAGAAUUUCUCCUGGGGAAAACCGAAUCUCGUUCUGCUGGCGGAUUACACGAGGGCAAAAUUCGGCUGGACCAGAGCCAAAUUCGAUGAGAUCAUGACGCCUGUGAUGAAGAGGCUGGAGGCCAAGUCCCAGAAGGAUCUGCUGGCGUACUUCAAGGUCAACAGUGUCCCCAAGGCGAUUGAGCAGGGGCUGAGCAAGAGGUUGCAGAAGGCUGUGGAGAGGAUGGGGAAAGGCCCUGGUGAGGAUGACGAGGGGGAGGAAGUUGUGAAGGCUCCCAGGAGGAAGAGGAGACCUCCACCGAAGGAUAAAGGGGAUGAACAGCUUGAUGAGGGCUCCAUCGAGGCUGACGCUAAUAAUGAAGAGAAGAAAGUCGUGAAACCUAAGAAGGAAGUCAUUCCCCAGAGGGAGAGAGACAAACAAAACGCCUUGGACAAGAAACUGAAAGCCAUCGAGGUCUUCAGGAAGUCCAGGAAAGGACCGGGGAAGUCGAGGAAUAAAAACGCUCGUCCGAAACGGAAUGCGGUUCAGAGGGAGGCGAAGCUUUCGGAGAGCAGCAGCGAUGGGGAGUGAAUUCACGAGAUCUCCUCUGAGAUUUUUUUAGUUAUCUCUGAAACGAGGGGUCCUAGGAGAAAAUGUCAGAGAAACUUUUUGUAGCUGAUGAAAUUUCCAACAAAAAUGUUUUCUGGCGUUUUUCUCUAAAAUCAUUCGUUAUUUAGAUAAUUUCACAUUUAACAAAACGUAAAAAAUUGUGAAUUCACGAGAUCUCUGAGAUUUUUUUAAUUAUCUCUGAAACUAGGGGUCCUAGGAGAAAA